AUGGCCAGGAAUAAGCUUGGAAAAAGGCCAUUGGUGUCACAGGAUGAUUUCUAUGUUGAAGCGACCGAAUAUGAAGAGCAAGCUGAACGUUGGCUUCUAUCCGACAUAAAAAAGACACUCAGAUUCUAUGUGCUGGCUUUAGACAUGUACGAGAAAGCACUGAAUGCACCUGAAGCUACCUCUCGUCGAAGCUAUAACAUAUUGUACAACGAAACGAGACUGUUCUUGCAAAUCUACACGGAUUAUCUGGCCAAUAACGGUUACAUAAAUUUGCUGCAAUAUGUGCGAUUGGAUGACGUACCGGAGGCUUCAAAGCUGGCUCUGCCGUUGACUGUAAUCGUCGACAGGUUUGAGCAGGUUUACCAGCGCUUUCCAAAUGAGCGUACUUGGGAUCUCGAUACCAACCUUCUGACGUGCUAUUUGACAUUGAUGGAGUCUAGUGAGACCUAUAAACUCAGUGGUGAGGAGAUCGUUGCGCUAACUACGAAGUUUGUUGAUUUAUGUCAAAGAUCUUUAAAAUUUCAGCUCGCUGAGUUAAGCGCAUGGGAAGAAUUUAGGCCAGAGGCAGACGGUUCACUUGAGACAAGUUCCGUAGCCGAUGGAACGGAAUCAAGUUUAGGAGAUGGCAGUGGAGUUAUUUCGUACCCAAGCCGGCUGGAAGCGACGGAGAGUGUAGAGGUAGCCGAUCAGGUUACCGCACAAGUGCUGUCUGAAACAAUUGCCAAUGGCUUUUCCUUUAUUCAAAAUGCAAUGGAACUUAUCUUUGAGGGGCGAUUGAGCGAAUUCUCCGAGAAUACUAUUAAUUCAGUUCAGCUCAACUAUUUAGAAGACAUGGUCAAAAAGUUCGGAGCGCAAUUGGUGGAUGUCUACACCACUGCUUGUGAAACACUGCCUCUUGACAGGAAAGAGAUCGAAAUAGCUAUCGAGGCAAACCGCGGCAUACAGCUUAUCGCGAAUGGCGAUCUGGAUAGUUUGCAAACUUACGUCAGCGAAACCCUGACGGUUCCAGAAACGGCCACUGAGCUGUUGCUUGCCAAGGUCGAUGUUCUCAAUUUUGCUGUUUCCUGUAUUUCGAACAGCCACGACCUGCAAACUCAGUGGCAGGUUUGUUCUCUUCUUAAUAAGCUCCUAGUAGAAGUAGCGAAGAGGAUUGCGAAGACCAGGGUCGAUUCCAAGUCCAUCCAUUCAGAAAGCAGUCAAAGAAGUCAAUUGGUAUUUCAGCAAUGCGAUGUGCUCAUUGCCUCAUCUGACAACGAACUAAGGAGAUGGGCUAUCAGAGCCGAAGAGUUGAAGUCCCUUCCUCAAGAUGCCGGAAACAAGCGUAGAACGAUGGAAAUUCUGAUGAAGAAUGCUAAAACAUUUCUGGUGAAUGCAUCGAAGAUAGCACAACAACCCGGCGGGCUUGAGGAAACGAUAAUCGAGAAACUGAAAAGAAACUAUAUUUUCGGACAAGCACAGACAAGGCUCUCGCUGAUUGAUGGCACUCCCAGUGGUAGCUUAAGCGCUGAUCUUUCCGACCUAUUCGCCGAACAUCCGUUCUACAAGCAACUAUCACUCACCAAGCCAUGA